UAUUUAAAAAAAAAAAAUUAGGCAUUAAUUCGCGAACUCCGUUGAUUGUAUAAGCAAACAUUUAUUUUGCUAUUUGAUUUUAUUUGUAUAUAAAAUCUGUCGUCAUGGCUGGUGAUGAAGAAGUCGCGCGGAUCAAGCGAUUGAAACGUAGUUGCGAAGUCAAACGCAUGAAUUACAUGAACAAAAUACGUGCAGUUCAUAGUGUGGCUGUUCGGACUGCGGAGGAUACGUCGGUAGUACCUCAGCUAUUGGUGAUGGUUGAAUCCCUUGAUCAAUUGUUGUCGUCGUUUACCAUCGAAGAUGAAGCGUUGUUGGGUCAUUUGUUGGAUUUAGAGCUUGACAAUGAAUAUCCUGAUAAGGAAGGCGUCGAGAUGUUCGAGUUGGUCUCCUUUGCCAAGGCAACCGCUCAUCGUUUUAUGCAAUACUGUCCCGAUCAAACGAUAGUGUCUACACACGGCGGUUCACAGGGGUCAUUGAACGAGGUCGGCCGGAAUGUCCCGAAGUCGGACGAACAAGUGAUUACCGACAAUGUGACCAUAGAUGUGAGCCCAGGAGCCAUCCAAUCAAAUAAUGCGGGUUCUCUGCGAUCCAAUAGCGUCCAAGUGAUCAAGCCUGCCCGCCUACCUGAAAUCCCGUUGCCCACGUUCGAGGGUGACAUUUAUGAAUGGAUUACAUUUCGCGAUCGUUUUACAACAUCGGUGGAUCGUCGAGAACAUUUAUCCGAUAUUGAUAAGUUUUAUUACUUGGUGGGAUGUUGCAAAGGGGCAGCUCGAGACGCUAUCCGAGGUAUUCCGGUAUCAGACCACAAUUACAAGUUGGCGUGGUCCACUCUCGAGGAAAGAUUUAACAAACCCCGUCUGGUUGCAUGCUCAUUAAUUGAAAAACUGUUAAAUGCACAGCGAGCGUCUUCAGAAAGUUUAGUCGAGUUGAACAAAUUGUUAGUAGUGUUCGACGAAGGUGUGUCGCUACUCGAGUCCCUGAAUAUACCUAACUUAGGCGACUUCAUAUUAUUCUCCAUUGCUUCACGGUGUUUGCCCAUCUACAGCAUUAAGUUAUUCGAAGCCCAAUUAGCCAACGACCCUCGUCUUCAGCGUUUAUAUUGCGAUUUCAUGUCUGAAUACUUGACCUUGGGACACAUGUCUUCAGCCAAGUCCGAAGGGGAUUACUUUAUCCCACACCAUGCCGUCUACCGUCCCGCCGAUAUCGACCCGAAGAUACGCGUAGUGUUCGAUGCUUCCGCGACGUCGUAUUCGGGCGUUUCCUUGAAUGAUUGUUUGCUUCCGGGACCGAAGCUACAGCGCGAUGUUGUGGACGUCCUAUUAUUGUAUCGGGUUCACCGUUUCGCCUUCACAACCGAUAUCAGCAAAAUGUAUCGUCAGGUGUCUGUGACUCCGUUGCACCGACGGUAUCAACAUAUUUUGUGGAGGUCGUCGCCUGAACAAAUGUUGCAAGCCUAUGAGCUCAAUACUGUGACUUAUGGGGUCAACUGUGCUCCCUACCUCGCGAUCAAAGUGCUGCGAUCCAUUGCUGAGCAGGAUUGUAAUGGUUUUCCGUUCCUAAAGGAGCUUUAUUGUUAUCAGACCUACGUGGAUGAUAUCUGGCGCGGGUCGUGACACGUUGGACGAGCCCUUUCUCUGCAAGAUGGGCUCAUUCAAGUUUUACAUUGUGCUGGUAUGGAUUUGAAGAAAUGGGCCAGUAACACGUCCUCCAUACUUGAUAAGGUUCCCUCGGAGGACAGAACAUGCGAACCUUUGUCGCUCGAUGAUUCCGUUGGCACAGGAACGAAAGUAUUAGGAUUACAAUGGUCUCAUCAAGAUGACACGUUUAUGUAUACCUUUCAACCCGAACGACACAUCUCCACGAAACGCGGUAUGUUGUCAUUGAUAGCGCGAAUGUUCGAUCCGCUUGGACUCCUAUCGCCUGUCACCUUUUUCGCCAAAACAUUAAUGCAACAGGUGUGGAAAGCCGGGCUUUCAUGGGAUGAGCAGCUGCCUCAAGAUAUUGCGGAGCUUUGGCGCAGUUUCGUUACGGACUUAUCCAAUU